AUGUCUGCCGACAAGGAAACGGUCCUCAGGCCGCACAAAAACAGUAGCCGGCGGCAGACGUUUGAGAUGCCAGGUGGCGAAGGUGAGCGUGCCCGGCAGUCGACCACUCACGAGACUUACCAGCCGCCUAAGACUGUCGCCGAAAAACCACUAGACGAUAAAGAGAGAAAAAGAAAAGAAUUUGAAGAAUAUUUGUGGAAAACAAUGACUGAAAAAGUAAUGAACGACUUGGAAGCUAAAUCAAAAACAUUCUAUGAUCAAAAUGGACAAUUUGAAACUACGUACAACAGUACAUUUAAAAUUAAAGGGUUCAAACCAAAAGAAAUUGGAGAACAGUUGGACGAAGAACUAUGUGCCAAGUAUCCAUUGUACAACACAAACGGUAUGUCUGUGCCGGUUAAUCGGUACGAGUACGAUAAAGCUAAGCAACCCAUUCACAAGCCUUUGGUACAUCUAUUCAAAAAGGAUAGUCGGUUCACCAGUCGAAUGAGCAACCCCAACGAUUAUCACGCUCCAGUUGAUCCAGAACAUUUUGCUUUUGUUUAA